AAAUUUCUUUUAUAUAACAAUGAUGUAGUCAAUUGCAAAUGCAACUCCCAUAGUCCCAUUCAUUGAUCUCACUCCCAAACUUUAAUUUCUCUUCCUCAUUCCUCAUCACCAUGGCGCCAAGCAUAACAAACCUUAAAGAAACACCUCCCUUCCAUGCCAAUUCACCCCCCUCCAUAAAACUCGAAAACUCAACAUUCCUCGCCAACAACAACCCAAUCCUCACUCAAGUCCCACCAAACAUAACCGUCACUCCACCACCUCACCUUUCCGGUUGCUUCGUCGGAUUCAAUGCCGACGAACCACGAAACCGCCACGUGGUUUCCAUCGGCACCCUCACCGGAAUAAGAUUCACAAGCAUAUUCAGAUUCAAAUUAUGGUGGAGCACUCAUUGGACAGGAAACAAAGGCAACGACAUAGAAAACGAAACACAAAUGAUAAUACUCGAAAACGACACCGUUAAAGAACGUCCUUAUGUUCUUCUUUUACCACUCAUUGAAGGUUCUUUCAGAGCUUCACUUCAACCAGCAUCAAACAAAAACAACCACGUUGAUAUUUGCAUGGAGAGUGGUUCCACACGUGUAACUGAAUCAUCUUUCAAAACAUGUUUAUACAUUCAUGCUAACUUUGAUCCUUAUAUUUUAAUGAACGAAGCGAUUAAGGUUGUUAGAGACCACUUAGGAACAUUCAAACUUCUAGAAGAAAAAACAAUACCUGAUAUUGUUGAUAAAUUUGGAUGGUGUACAUGGGAUGCAUUUUAUCUUAAGGUGCACCCUCAAGGUGUAAAAGAAGGUAUUAAAGGUUUAGUAGAAGGUGAGUGUCCACCAAGUUUUGUAAUCAUUGAUGAUGGUUGGCAAAAUUUUUGUCGUGAUGAUGAAGAUUUUUUGAACGGUGGUGAUUGUUUAAGUUUGAAUUGUGGUAUACCAGGUGAACAAAUGUUGGGAAGGUUAAUAAGUUUUGAAGAAAAUAAAAAAUUUAAGGACUAUGAUGAAUGUUUAGGUAUGGGUGGGUUUGUGAGGGAUUUAAAGAGGGAAUUUGGGGGGUUGUUAAAGGAGGUUUAUGUGUGGCAUGCUUUUUGUGGUUAUUGGGGUGGGAUUAGGCCUAAUGUUGAAGGGAUGCCGGAGUCGGUGGUGGUGGAGGCGAAGUUGUCGCCAGGGGCUGAGAGGUGUAUGACGGAUUUGGCGGUGGUGAAGAUAGUUGAGAAUAGUGUUGGAUUGGUGAAGCCAGAAGAGGCGUUUCGGUUGUAUGAUGGACUUCAUUCUCAUCUCAAAUUUGUUGGCGUUGAUGGUGUCAAAAUUGAUGUCACACAUGUUCUAGAGAUGUUAUCAGAGGAAUAUGGUGGUCGUGUUGAACUUGGCAAAGCAUAUUAUAAGGCACUAACUGAUUCCGUGAAGAAACAUUUCAAAGGCAAUGGUGUCAUUUCCAGCAUGCAACAAUGCAAUGAUUUCAUGUUCCUUGGUACACAAACCAUAUCACUUGGACGAGUUGGUGAUGAUUUUUGGUGCACUGACCCAGCUGGUGAUCCAAACGGAACAUAUUGGCUUCAAGGAUGUCACAUGGUGCACUGUGCAUAUAACAGUUUAUGGAUGGGAAAUUUUAUACAUCCAGAUUGGGACAUGUUUCAAUCUCAUCAUGCUUGUUCUGAAUUUCAUGCUGCUUCUCGUGCCAUAUCUGGUGGACCAAUUUAUGUUAGUGACUCUGUUGGAAACCACAACUUCAAGCUGCUCAAGAAGCUGGUUUUACCUGAUGGAACAAUUUUGAGGUGUCAACAUUAUGCACUUCCAACUAGAGACUCUUUAUUUGUUGACCCUUUACAUGAUGGCAAAACAAUGCUCAAAAUUUGGAACCUCAACAAAUAUAGUGGAGUUUUGGGUCUAUUCAAUUGCCAAGGAGGAGGGUGGUGUCCUUUAACCAGAAGAAACAAGAGUGCCUCUGAAUUUUCUCACUCAGUAACUUGCUUUGCAAGUCCUAAAGACAUUGAAUGGAGCAAAGGGAAAAACCCAAUAUGCAUCAAAGGGGUUGAUUUAUUUGCUGUCUAUAUGAUUAAGGAUGAAUAUUUGAAGCUACUAAAGUGCACAGAAUGUAUAGAAGUUUCACUUGAGCCUUUUAGUUUUGAGCUAAUGAUGGUUUCUCCGGUGACGGUUUUACCUAAAAAAUCAAUUCAAUUUGCACCAAUUGGAUUGGUGAACAUGCUAAACUCUGGAGGUUCAAUUCUGUCAUUGGAAUUUGAUGAAGAAGAAAAUUUGGUGAAAAUUGGGGUGAGGGGUCAUGGAGAAAUGAGGGUGUUCGCGUCACAGAAGCCGAUAAGCUGUUUGAUCGAUGGAGUGUCUGUGAAAUUUGAAUAUGAUGAUAGUAUGGUAAUGCUUCAAGUUCCUUGGCCUGGUUCUACAAAGUUGUCAAUGGUUGAAUAUUUAUUCUAAGCCAUGAAAUGGAAAGCAAUGUAAUAUAUAACAAGAUUGAGUUUAUAUUUGGAUUUAUGAAUUUCAAUGUUGUAUAAUGUAUCUAUUGUAUUUAAUAUCUCUA